AUGAAAAACACAUUGUGGGCGUGCCGUGCAGUGCUGGCAUUGUUCAUACAAGGAGCAGUCGCACGCAAUGUCCUGGACCUCUCCGAGCAGGUGUGGGAGUUACAAAACCCGACGCUGAAUAUUUCGGUGCGGGGAAAGGUGCCGUCGCAUGUCCACCUAGAUCUAUACGCGAGCGAAGUCAUUGGCGACCCUUACUAUGGGCUGAACGAUUUCGAUCUCCGUUGGGUGGCGUGGGCCAACUGGACCUAUACGAGCAACAUCCGCGGACUAAAAUCGCUAGUAAACUCCAGCACCACGGACACAUUCCUGCUCUUCGACGGACUGGACACCUUCGCAGAUAUAUCCUUCUGCGGGCAACAUGUCGCCACGACUGACAACCAGUUCCGCCAGUAUUACUUCAACGUCUCGUCCAUCUUGUCCGCAUGCAACUCGACGGGGUUGCCGGAGCUGCGCGUCGAUUUUGCUAGCGCCCCCGGCACGGCCCUCGCCAUCGCCGCGCAGCCGGGACAGGAGACGUGGCCGCCACGGGUCGAGGGCACAUUCGAAUUUGCGCAGAGGCAGUUCGUCCGCAAGGAGCAGUCCGACUUCGGCUGGGACUGGGGUCCGGCCUUCGCGCCUGCGGGUAUCUGGCAGAAGGCAUGGGUCAUCCAGCUCCAACCCGGCGAGAUCGCGGUUCGCAACUCGGCAUUCGACAUAUACAGGAAGGGCCAGUUGAAUAAUCUUCCUCCAGAUCAGGGAGCGGAUUGGAUCUUCAACGCGAGUAUAGAUGCUAUCAAUGGCAUUCCCGAAGACGCGACGAUGAGAUAUCGGAUAUCAGGACCCGGGGGCCACGUCGUGGACAGUGGGGACAUGACCCAGGUGAACAACACGGGUGACGUGAUCGCCGGCGUGGUUUACUUGAAAUCGUCCGACUACGAGCUCUGGUGGCCUACCGGGAUGGGUCCACAGACGCUCUACAAUAUCACUAUAGAUGUCGUCAGCGGCCCCAGCAACAAAGCUGUCGCCUCAGUUACAAAGAGAACCGGGUUUCGCACUAUCGUGCUGAACAUGGGCGAGGUCACGGACGAAGAGAUUGCACAGGGGAUUGCUCCGGGAAAUCACUGGCAUUUCGAAAUCAAUGGUCACCCAUUCUAUGCCAAGGGUAGCAAUUUCAUCCCCCCUGACGCAUUCUGGCCGCGGGUGACACCGCAACGCAUCCGGCAACUCUUCAGCGCGGUAGUGGCGGGCAACCAGAACAUGCUCCGCGUCUGGUCGAGUGGAGCAUACGGCCCGGAUUUCAUGUACGAGCUCGCCGACGAGAUGGGCAUCUUGCUCUGGACGGAAUUCGAGUUCGGCGAUGCGUUGUAUCCCGUAGACGCUGCUUUUCUCGACAAUUGUCUUCAAGAAGCCGUCUAUCAGGUCCGCCGGAUCAACCACCACCCAUCGCUGGCUGUCUGGGCUGGGGGUAACGAGCUCGAGAACUUGGAGCUCUCCAUGGUCAGGCUGAGCGCACCGGAUGAACUCGGAAGAUACCAGGCCGAGUACGAAACCCUAUUUCUCAAGACGCUGUUGCCCGCGGUAUACGAGAACAGUAAGGGUAUCACGUACAUGCCUAGCAGUACCAACAACGGGUACCUGAGCCUCAAUUUCUCCAACGCGAUACCCUGGAUUCCGAGAUACAACAACCGCACUCGGGGAUCGAUGUACGGGGUCACGGAGUACUACAACUAUCGUUACGAACAAGCUUUCAACAUCAAUUCGUACCCGGUUGGGCGGUUCGUGAACGAAUUCGGGUUCCAUUCCAUGCCGAGCCUGGAGAGCUGGCGAGAGGUCCUCCCGGAGGAAGACCUCCACUUCAACUCCAGCACCAUCGUGCUCCGCAACCACCACUACCCCGCCGGCGACCUGAACACGACCAACUACCACAACUCGAGUCUCGGCAUGGGCGAGAUGACGGCCGCCGUCACGCAUUACUACCCGUUCAUCAACAAAACAGACCCGGUCGCCAACUUCUCGGCCUGGUGCCACGCGACCCAGGUCUUCCAGGCCGACUUCUACAAGAGCCAGAUCCAGUUCUACCGCGCCGGGUCGGGUUUCCCGAACCGCGGACUGGGCUCCCUGUACUGGCAGCUCGAGGACAUCUGGCAGGCCCCGACGUGGGCGGGCAUCGAGUACGACGGGCGGUGGAAGGUGCUUCACAACGUGGCCCGGGACAUCUACGAGCCCGUCAUCCUGGCCCCUCUGUACAACGUCACCAGCGGUCUCCUCGAGGUCUACGCCGUCAGCGACCUCUGGUCGCAAGUCAACGGGACCGCCACGCUCGGCUGGAUCGGGUGGUCGGGCGACGCGCUCGACGUGUCGUCGACGGGGAAUUCGUCCUCGCCAUUAUCCUCGCAAUCCUCUAACAGCUCGGCUUCUCCUUCCUCUCCUUCUUCUUCUCCCCCUUCCUCCUCAGGGGCCACCAUCACAAACGUAGAGUUCACCAUCGGGCCCCUGAACAGCACUCUUCUCGCUACCAUCGACGUCUCCAACCUCAUCGCCACGGGGGCGCUGGACCCGGCGGCCGGCCUGUUCGUCGCGAACCUGACAGCGACAGGCACGCCAAUCAACGGGGCGGGGGGCAACGCGACGAGGACGACGUACGUGCACACCAACUACCACACACCUACACCGCUGUCGCGGGCGGCGCUGGUGGAUCCAGGGCUGGCGGUGCGGCACGACGGCGAUCGGGGAGAGUUUGUCGUUGGAGCGCGGGCGGGGACGAGCAUCUGGACGUGGCUGAGUCUGCAGGAGAGGGAUUCGGGCAUUGUUGUGACCUUUGACACAAACGGGUUCUUGUUGCGCAAGGGGGAGGAGAUGAGGGUUGGGUAUACCGUUCUCGGGGGGGAAAGCGAGGGGUGGGAGGAGAGGGUCGUUGUAGAGAGUAUUUGGAAUAAUACUCUAAGCGACUGA